GGUUGUCUACCAGCGAAACAACGAAUGAAGAGAAGGAAGGGGAAUAAGCCGUUGCAUUUCCCUCCACACGUUCCAGUUACCUUAUCUUCCACCUCUCUUCACUCUCCAUAAUCCUCCUUUCCCUCCAAACAAAACGACCACCACCACCUUCAACUUUCCCAACUGCACUGCACUGUUUUCAUUCACAGAAACCAUCAUCAUCACCAUGUUUACGGCUAGCAAACUAGCCUUCAUAUUAACACUCCCUCGUCCAUGCUCUGCACCCUUCACACCAAUCUCUUCCUUAUCUCCUUCUUCUUCUUCUUCUGCUGCCCACCUCAUUCACUUCAAUGGACGCCGCUUAUGCCUCCGCCGCAGACUAUUUUUACUUUCUCCUAAGGCCACGGCAGAUCAACAAGGCAAGGUUAGUGACUUUGAAGAGGAUGGAAACAUUGUUGAUGGUAAAAUCCUCCCUUAUUGUAGCAUAGACAGAAAAGAGAAGAAAUCAAUUGGUGAACUUGAGCAGGAGUUUCUUCAGGCACUACAAGCAUUCUAUUAUGAGGGAAAGGCUAUCAUGUCUAAUGAAGAAUUUGAUAAUCUUAAGGAAGAACUCAUGUGGGAAGGGAGCAGCGUUGUCAUGCUAAGUUCUGAUGAGCAAAAGUUCCUGGAAGCUUCUAUGGCCUAUGUGUCUGGAAAUCCAAUUAUGACUGACAAAGAAUUUGAUGAGUUGAAACUGAGGCUAAAGAUAGAAGGGAGUGAAAUUGUGGCUGAGGGUCCAAGGUGCAGUCUUCGUAGUAGAAAGGUUUACAGUGACCUAUCAGUUGAUUAUUUAAAGAUGCUCCUGCUGAACGUCCCAGCUACAGUGAUUGCAUUAGGACUGUUCUUCUUCCUUGAUGAUCUGACUGGAUUUGAGAUCACAUAUUUGCUAGAGCUGCCAGAGCCUUUUAGUUUCAUUUUCACCUGGUUUGCUGCUGUUCCCCUCAUUGUGUGGAUAGCUCUGACACUAACCAAUGCCAUUGUAAAAGACUUUGUGAUUUUAAAGGGUCCUUGUCCGAACUGCGGAACUGAAAAUACCUCUUUCUUUGGGACUAUACUGUCAAUUUCAAACGGUGGUUCCACAAACACUGUCAAAUGCUCCAACUGCGGCACUGCAAUGGAAUAUGAUUCAACUACAAGAUUGAUUACAUUACCAGAAGGAAGUAACGCCUAAGGGAGGUAUGCUUGAAAUCAUAUUUAUUGUUCCAGCAAUGGGUAGUGAUGAUUCAUAGAAGUUCUUGUGAGAGUGACAAAUUAAUGAUUUAGUAAAUUUCCAUGUACGUUAGAAAACGGUAUGGGAAGUGAUGUUAUCACUAUCACACCCAACUGGUGUCAUCUCAAUUGUAUGUGCCACCAUGGUACUUGUGAGUAUAUGGUCUUUGUAUACUUGUAAGUAAUAUGGACUUUGUAUAGCAUACACUGGAUUAUCUCUGCUUCAGGAGUUAAGUUAUGAGGGUGCUUAACACCAUCGAUCAGACUAACCUACAAUAAUGUGUGUAAGGAUUUUUGUUACACACUUGUGCAUAAAUUUUCUUCUAUUGUUGAGGCCAGAACUUUUACAUUCCCAGGAAUAUAAACAACACCAGGGAAAUUUGACUAUAUUCACGCAAUUAAAGCUAAUUCACAUGUA